UUUGGCUUUACAGCUAAGAAAAUCAGCAUCGCUGCUCCGAAGGUUUCAGAGUACAUUAGUCAUAGCAGAACACAACAAUGAGACUCUUACACCAAUUACACUAAAUACAGUCACUGCGGCAAAGCGUCUUGGAGGUGAAGUUUCUUGUUUAGUAGCUGGUACCAGCUGUGACAAGGUAGCACAAGAACUCAGCAAAGUGCAGGGUGUUGCAAAAGUUCUAGUGGCUCAGCACGAUGUAUACAAGGGAUUUCUAGCAGAGGAGCUGACUCCCUUGAUUUUGGAAACUCAUAAAAAAUUUAAUUUCACCCACAUUUGCGCUGGAGCAUCUGCCUUUGGGAAGAAUCUUAUUCCCAGAGUGGCUGGCAAACUUGAUGUUGCUCCUGUUUCUGACAUUAUUGAAAUUCAGUCACCAGACACUUUUGUGAGAACUAUAUAUGCAG